GUGGGGAGGGUGCAGCGUUUCCCCCGUGUGGCCAGACUGGGACCUCCCCCCUUUCACGUCAGUUUCCCUGGUUGUUCCCCCACCUCCUCGUUUGAAAGAAUGCAUGUGUGCACACACACACACACACACACACACACACACACACACACGCAAGCAGCCUGGAAAAUCUGAUGGGGCUGCAGUGCUGAGUUUCCAGGCCCCAUCCAGAGGCUGGUGGGUGGCUCUGAGGUUUGGGGCUGGCCGAGCAGGGCGAGAGAAGGGUCCGCAGAAGCAGCUCCUUGCCCAGCGUCUCUGUGCCUGCCUGCGUGCUACGCGUCCCCCUCCCCGCUUCCAGCUCGGGGACCAGGGCCCUGUCCUUUCCUCCGUCUCCCUCCCCACCUUUCCCCUGUCAGCUGCCUUGGGCUGGUGAGUCCUUGGCUCCAGGCUGCAGGAAACUCUCGGCUGCCCUAGGCCUCAGCAGCACCUAUGUCCACGAGGGGGCGGCCGGGGGUGGGGCGGGGAGAGGGUCUAGGUGGAGCAGGCGGGGGUUGGAGGCAAGCACACGUCCCGGGCGUCAGGGGUCAGGAGCCCGUCAGGAGUCAAGGCUGGAGUCCCGGGUUCACCCUGGGGCAGGGCUCACUCUUCCCUCCGUGGACAUCGCUUCCUCACCGGGGGUGCAAGGGCGAGAAACAGGAGGGCUGUCCUGGGUCCACCACCCCUGCAACAAAGGCCUUUAGAACGUGCUCCUCUGUGUCCACAAGGGGACACUCGCUCACAGCUGUCCGUCCACCCAGCGCUCAGCUCCCAGCACCACGAUGUCAGCAGGAACCUCCAGUAGGAACACGAACACCCUGUCCUCCUCUCCCCAGGGCAGGACAGCGGGAGUCAGCUGUCUCUGCCCACCCCAGGGCAUUGCUUCUCCAGGUCUGGGUCUCUUCCUGCCUGGAAAGCCAGCUGCUGAAGAGCGUGGAGGUAGGGCCAGAGCGGGAGGCCGGUGUGUCUGCAGCCACGGGUCGCUACCCCCUCCCCCCUCCCGGGGCCCUGCUGAGAACAGGCUCUGGGGUGGAAAGGCAGCCAAGCUCUCCAGGGAGCCAGGAGCUGAGCAGGGGAGGCAGGACGGCCCCUCCUGCUACCUCCCAGCUCUCCCUGCAGACGCCCUGGAAUGAGGCCCCCAGUCCUGUUCAUGGCGCUCCUCUGGCUCCCAGGCUUCUUGGCCAAGGAAGGCGAGUGCCAGCCCCCAGAAGAGGGUCCCGGCUGGGCGAGUGGAGGGUACAGGGCACUGGGGGCCCUGACGACCCCUGCUCCCCAGGACCGCCUCUGAGGGUGACGGUCAGCAGCCGGGGCAGGUCUGCCAGCCUCACGCUGAACUGGGACGCCCCAGGGCCAGGUGGGCCCGGCCGCACCCUCCGCCUCAGCCGGCUGAGCCCCCGUGGCUCCCCUGAAGGGCAGCUGCUCCAGGCCCACACCAACGCGUCCAGCUUCGAGUUCCGGGACCUGGUGCCAGGAAGUCGCUACCAGCUGGAGGUGACGGCCGUGCGCCCCUGCGGGCAGAACGCCAGCCUCAGCCUCACUGCGCUCACAGCCCCGUCCACUGUCCAGGACCUGAAGCUCCACAGCUCUGAGAGCCCAUCCAGCCUGGAGGCCUCCUGGGGCUCUGCUCCCGGGGGGCAGGAUGGCUACCAGCUUGUCCUCUGCCACCUGGAGUCCCAGACAGUGGUUCACAAUGUCUCCACGUCCGCCGGCACCCUGUCCUACAAUUUUAGCCACCUCUUACCGGGCAGUGAGUAUGUCUUGGAGAUUACCACCUGGGCCGCCCACCUCCAAGCGAAGACCAGCACCCGCCAGUGGACAGCUCCUGUGCCUCCAGGGCAGCUGGCGCUGCGCGCCCUGGGCACCAGAGCCCUGAGGGCUUCCUGGUACAGCUCUGGGGGUGCCGCCUGGCUGCACCUCCUGCUCACGGACCUCCUCAGUGGCUCCAACCUGACGGCGGGUGUCACACGAGGUGUCUCCAGUCACACCUUCCCGUGCCUCUCUCCUGGAACCCCCUACACGCUGAAACUAAGCGCUUUCGCUGGGCCUCGUUGGGCAGUGGGGCCCAGUGCCACUGAGUGGACCCGUGAGUGCUGGGGAUUUGCUGGCCACUGCAGAGGUCCCUCAGCCAAGCGGGCUGAUCCGGCUAUGCGGGGGGCGUCCAGGGUCCUGCAGGGAAGGGGUGAGGCCCGAGGGUGCCCGCCUGCUGGCUGGUGGUACAGAGUGCUCGCUCUCUCUGUGCUUCGGCCUCCGCCCCUCGAAGGGGACCGCAGCGGCCGUGUGGUGAGGAGGUGCCAGGUCUGGGCGCACAGGAAGGAGCCGGCCGGCUGCAAGGACUUUCUGCACGUGUCUCCCUCCCCCGCAGGUCCCUCCACGCCCCUGGACCUGGGGCUCGGGGCCAGCUGGAAGGCGGGCCCGGGGGCCCAGGAGGGCUACCUGCUCAGGCUGAGUGGGCCUGUGGACAAGACCCUAAGUUUGGGCCCUGGGGCCCUCAACAUCACGUUCCUAGGGCCCCUGCCAUCUGGACACUACGCUCUGGAGCUGAGAGUUCUGGCGGGGUCCUACGAGGCCCGGGCCCAGGCCGCUGCCUGGCUGGGCGAUGCUCUAGUCCAGCGCCCACAGGGCAGUGGUACCGAGCUGCCCCUGGACGGGCCGGAGGCCAGCGAGGAGCCUGGGAGCCAGACACUGCCCUACACCGAGGGGGCCCCCUGCCUCCUCAGAAAUGUCUCGGGGCCACCUGGUGCCACCUUGGUCACACUCCACGGGCCUGGGGCCCGCUCCCAGGUGGACGCUGUUUCCGCUCUGGGCACUGCCUCCGCAAGCCCCACAGGCCACACAGGUGAGUGCCGGCCACUCCCCCCACAGUCACUGGAGGUCAGCAGCAGGGGCAGUCCCACCUUGACCGUUGGCUGGGCCCCAGCAGCGGGGCCACGGGCAGCCUACAGGGCCAGCUGGCACCAGGAGGGCAGCCAGAGCUCGCCGGGCGGUCUUGUCAACUUGGGCCCAGACAACACCAGCCUGAUGCUGCGGGAUCUGGUGCCCGGUUCCUGCUACACCGUGUCUGUGUGGACUCGGGCAGGGAACCUCAGCUCCAGCAUCCAAAGGGCUCGCGCCUGCACACUCCCUGCGCCACCCGCCAGCCUGAGCCUGGGCCUGGUCGCCCAGCCCCCUGCCCUGAGGGCAGUCUGGAGCCCCCCUGCGGGGGGCAGGGAUGGCUUUCUCCUGCGGCCCUACUGCCUGCGGCCCCUGGCUCUGGAGGGCCAGGAGACCCUGGGCCCCGAGGCACAGACCUUCUCCUGGGCCCAGCUGGCUCCAGGCACUGAGUUCCUGGUGUGGUUGGCCACCCUGCGGGGCCCCGACGAGAGCAGCGGUGCCAACGCCACGGGCUGGACGCGCCCCCUCGCCCCUGCGCUGGUGAAUGUGACCAGUGAAGGUGCCACCCGGCUCCGGGCGUCCUGGGUCCACGCGCUGGGGGGCCGGGAUGGCUACCGGGUGACCCUGUACCAGGCGGGUGUCCAGGUGUGCUCCAGCCCCGUGGGGGCCCAGGUGGACGGCGCCAGCUUCUUGGCUCUGACUCCGGGCACUGAGUACAAGGUGGAGGUGGUCACGCAGGCCAGGCCCUUCCGUGCGGUGGCAGCCAGGGCUGCCGGCUGGACCCCCCCAGUGGUGCCUGCAGAGCUGCUGGUGUCCAUGCAGGCGGGCAGCGCCGUGGUCAGCCUGGCCUGGCCCAGCGGCCCCCUGGGGCACGGAGCCUGCCACACGCAGCUCUCGGGGGCCAGGCUCCUGUCCCGGGAGCAGACCCUGGCCCUGGGCCAAGCCCGCCUGGUCCUGAGGGACCUCACGCCUGGAUGCAACCUGUCCUUGAUCGUGCAGUGCCGGGCAGGGCCCCUCCAGGCCUCCACACACCCUGUGCUGCUGCCCGUGGAGCCUGACCCGGUGGAGGACGUGCAGUGCCAGCCCGAGGCCACGCGCCUGGCCCUGGUGUGGACAGUGCCCACGGGGGAUGUGGACACCUGUCUGGUGGUGGUGGAGCAGCUGGCGGCGGGAGGGGCCACCCAGCUCGUCUUCCGGGCCAACACCUCCGGGGGCGCCCUCCUGCUGGCCCACCUGGCGCCCGCCACGUCCUACCGCCUCAGCCUCUCGGUGCUGGGCAGGAACGGCCUGUGGAGCCGGGCGGUCAGCCUGGUCUGUGCCACUGUGCCCAAGGCCUGGCACCCCCCGGAGCUGGCCGCAGCCCCCCGGCUGGAGCUCGAGACGGGGAUGGGUGCGCUGAUCGCCCAGGGCAUGUUUGGCGAGGAGGACGGGCAGAUCCAGUGGUAUGGGGUCAUCGCCAGCACCAACAUGUCACUGGCCCGGCCUCCCCGUGAAGCCAUCAACUGCACGUGGUUCGACCACUACUACGGGGACCGCGACACCUACCUGGCUGUCCUGCUCUCCAACCCCUUCUACGCCGGGCCCUGGGCCGUGCCCACAUCCUGGCCGGUGCCUGUGGGCACAGACGACUGCGGCCGGACCCGCGACAUAUGUAACGGGCGGCUCAGGCCAGGCUCCCGGUAUCGGUUCAGUGUCGUGGCCUUUUCCAGGCACAGCCCUGACACCCUCAUCGCCUUCUCAGCCUUUUCAGAGCCCCAGACCAGCCCGUUCUGGGCCAUGCCCCUCCCAGUGACAGCGGGCAUCGUGGCCAGCAUGCUAACCCUGGUCUUGCUGGGCCUGCUGUGCGGGAGGCGAGUGAAGGGGCAAAGGGCGGAGAAGAGCCUGCGCUCCCAGGAGCUGACGGCUUUCAACCUGCGGCGGACCCACCGGCCCAUCCCCGCGCACAGCUUCCAGCAGAACUUUGAGACCAAGAGUGCCCACGCCUACCAGGCCUUCUUUCAGGAGUUUGAGGAGCUGAAGGAGGUGGGCAAGGAGCAGCCGAGGCUGGAGGCUGAGCACCCUGCCAACAGCACCAAGAACCGCUACCCUCACCUGCUGCCCUACGACCACUCCCGGGUCAGGCUGGCCCUGCUGGACGGGAAGCCCCACUCUGACUACAUCAACGCCAGCUUCAUUCCGGGCUACACCCACCCGCAGGAGUUCAUCACCACCCAGGGGCGUCUCAAGAAGACCCUGGUGGACUUUUGGAGGCUGGUGUGGGAGCAGCAGGUCCGCAUCAUCGUCAUGCUGACCGUGGGCAUGGAGAACGGGCGGGUGCUGUGCGAGCACUACUGGCCAGCCGGCUCCAGCCCCGUCACCCACGGGCCCGUCACCAUCUGCCUGCUGGCCGAGCAGCCCCAGGACGAGUGGACCACGCGGGAAUUCCAGCUGCACCACGCUGCCCAGCAGCGGCCACGGAGGGUGAAGCAGCUGCAGUUCACCACCUGGCCGGACCACAGUGUCCCCGAGGCCCCCAGCUCCCUGCUGGCCUUCGUGGAGCUGGUCCAGGAGCAGGCGAGGGCUGUGGGGCACUGCAGCGCGGGCGUGGGCCGCUCGGGCACCUUCGUGGCCCUGUGGCGGCUGCUGCGGCAGCUGGAGGAGGAGCAGGUGGUGGACGUCCACACGGUGCACAUGCUGCCGCACCGGCCACUCGUGACCCAGACCCCGAGCCAGUACGUCUUCCUGCACAGAUGCCUCCUGAGCAGGGUCCUGGAAGGGCCCCCCAGCACCCGCGCUGCUGAGGUUGCAGAGACCCACAGCGGGCACCGGGCAGACCCGAGCACCCCCCACGUGGCUGGUGCCCCCUGCAGGCCACAGCCCAUCCCUGUGAGGAACUUUGCCCGGGUGUGUACGGAGCGGGCUGCCGACGGCAACGCGGGCUUCCUUGGGGAGCACCAGCUCCUGCUCCAGGCCCUGAAAGACGAGGCCGGCUCUGGGAUGCCGUCUCCCUGGGGUGAGCAGGAUGGCACAGCCUCCAAUGGCCGUUGUCACAAGUGGCCCCCUUCGGCAGAGAGCGGCCCGGCUGGGGAGAUGCUUGAAGCCUGGCUCUUCCCCGGCGGGCCCUCUGGCCACGACCAUGUGGUGCUGACUGGCCCCGCGGGGCCAGCUGAACUCUGGGAGCUGGUGUGGGAGCAUGGGGCCUGCGUGCUGGUCUCCUUGUGCCCACCGGACCCCCAGGAGAAGGUGAGGGGCAGAGCAGAGGCUGGGCCGCCGGGAGCUGGAGUGGGGCACGGUGCGGGCCACGGGCGGGGUCAGGCCGGCUGGCCGAGCAGCCCGGAUGGGUCCGCCACAGGCAUUCUGGCGCACGGAGACGCAGCCCGUCGUCACAGACACGGUGACCGUGCGCUGGGCGGCGGACGGCAGUGCUGCCGGCUGGCCCUGCGUCUUCCUUCACGUCACACACGCGGCGGGAAGGAGAGGCCAGCGCAGCGGCUGCAGCUCCCUGCGGGGAGCCGGGCCGGGCGCUCCCCCCGAGACCCUGCUGCCCUUCCUGGCGGCGCGCCGGUGCUGCUCCUGGGGCACCGCUCAGCCCCUGCAGGUGCCGCUGGGCGGGCCCGGGGAGUGGGCGGGGCAUACACGGCCGCCUGGCUCAGGGCAAGGGCCAGACGACAUGGCCCCCUCCUCGCCCUGUCCCGACACCCUCUGGGAACCUGUGCCCCUCAGCCUAGGCCCAGGCUGGCGGUGGCUCUCCUGGGUGUCCCUCCCCGGCCCCCCAGCCCAGGCCCCCAGGUGCCCCUCCAACUUGAGGUCCAUUGCAGCAAGGGUGCGGCCCAGCUGGGCACCCUCCUGGCCCUGGAGCAGCUGCUGCGGCAGGCAGGGGCCGAGGGUGCCGUGGACAUCUUCACCGUGGCCGUGCAGUGGUCACACGCCUGCGGCCUCAUGACCCCAACGCUGGGGAGCGGCCCCGGGGCUCAGCCUCGGGACAUGGGGGCGCGAGGGGUCCGCCCCAGGCUGUCUGGGGCCCUGCUCUCCGUGGAGGCCAUGCAGCCUCCCUGUCCUCACCGAGGCCCCCCCACCUGCCCCCAGGAGCAGUAUGUCCGCCUCUACAGCUGCCUCAACAGCACGCUCUCGGACGGGCUACCGUGACUUGCCCAGGCACUGCUGUGCAGGAGGCGGUGCCGGCCCGGCAAGCCCACUGCGGCCCGGCUUCCCUGGGAGGGCGGCCUGCACGCCAGCCCUGUGCUGUGAAGGGCAAUAAAGGGUGUGGUCAAGCCUGA